AUGUGGAAACCAGUUUCUCUCCCCUACAAGAGUGACUCCCUCCCUCUAUCUGCUAUACCCACCGCUGCCGAAAUCCGGGCAUGCACCAAUAUUUUAUGGGAUGGAACACGCACAGUCGUUGCGUUAAACGAUGGUGUUAUCGUCAAGUAUGACGGCGGGCUAGACGCCACAGAAGGCCAGAACCUGAUGUACCUAGAACGAUUCGCCCCCAAAGUACCAGCCCCCCGACUCUACGCAAUGUUCGAGGAAGACGGUAUGACCUACCUGAUAAUCCAGCGUAUCCCGGGCGUCCCACUCGACUCUAUUUGGAAAGCAUUGACCGACUCCGAGAGAAACGGCAUUACGGCCAAACUAAUCCCGGCAUUUCAUGCUAUGCGGGAGGCUGAAUGUCUCUGGCCGGAGUUUUAUGGCGGUUUGGAUGCCGGGAGAGUGCACCACUGGUUGUUCUACAGUCAGAAGAAAAGGGACUUUAGAUUUCUGGGCCCGUACUAUGGCGAGGACGCCUUUAUUGCAGGCAUGUUGCAGAACUUCAGAGUCUCCCUUGAGCGGUGUGACCGGCCGGACUUUAAAGCCAGCUUUUAUGAGAAAUACUUCUUUCAGGUGCUUCGGGGACACCGGCCUACGUUAACGCAUUCGGAUUUCCACCAGAAGAAUAUUUUGGUUAUCGAGAAGCCUCGCCAAGACAACCUGGUUCUGGCAUAUGCAACAGUUUCUUGA